GGGAACGGCGUUGUUACAAUGCAAAAAGCGCUGGUGCUGUUCUUCAUCUUAGGACUUCAAAGAGAAAACACCAAUGCCAAAUGUGGAACCGUUAUUUGCAAAUCAAAUAUUUGUUACGAAACUGCAAACCGGAUUUUACAAUAUAUGAAUCCAGAGGUUAGUCCUUGUGAGGACUUCUACAAAUUUGCUUGUGGCAGGUUCAUAAAAAACUCCAUUAUACCAAAUGACCAGGAUACAAUCGGACCAACUGAGACACUGAGGAAGACUGUGGAUACACAAGUCCGUGCGGUUCUCGAGGAACCGCUGAAGCCGGGAAGUCCUAAAUUCGAACGCGAUCUCAAGAUCUUGUACCGCCUUUGUAUGGAUGAGAAACGUAUCAACGCAAGGGGCGUAUUUCCAUUUCUACAAUUGUUGGAGGAAGCUGGAGGUUGGCCUGUGCUAAAGAAGAACCACGAGAUAGAUUGGAGAUCCUGGAGUCUACUAAAAACCGAGAUACUAUUGGAUCGAUUCAUUCAUUCAGGAGGCAUUUUCUUCCAACUAGGAGUCAGCAAAGACUUUAAAAACAGCACUGCAAUUGGAUUAUAUAUAGACCAGCCAAGUCUAGGUCUGGAUUCUGAGUUGUUGGUAAAUGGACUUUCGGAGCCUACUGUUGCAGCCUACUACAAAUUUAUGGUCAACAUAGCAGUACUCUUUGGUGCCAGUAGAAUACACGUUACGGGUGACAUUGCUGACUGCCUCUCAUUAGAAAUGGAUAUAGCGAGGAUCAUGACUCCCCAAGAAAAACGUAGAGAUUUUGGUCGUUUCUAUAAGAACAAGUUCACCAUUGAACAGUUGAAUGCCAUGGUACCUUGGAUGAACUGGACAAGACUACUGCACGGGAUAAUGCCGGAGUCCGUACAUGAGUUUACCGACGAGAUCCUUGUGGUAGAGAUGGAUUAUCUUGUCAAAUUGGGAAACCUUCUUAACAAUUAUCCAAAAAAGGUUAUUGCAAACUACAUGAUGUGGCGCGCAGUUAAUAAGUUGGUGGAUGCGCUUUCUGCGGAUGUUGGAAAAAAGAAGUUUGAGUUUGAAACUGUACUUUGGGGAAUUACAGAAAGGAAACAUCGCUGGGAACAUUGUGUGUACAUGGUUUCCACGAGACUCAACCUAGCCUUAGGAUUUCUCUAUGUCAAGAAAUACUUUAAUCACCAAUCCAAACAGAAAGCGUCAGAUAUUGCGCAUCGUAUCCGGCAGCAGAUGUUGCAGGAGAUAGACGAACUUGAAUGGAUGGAUCAAUCUACAAAGAUCUAUGCACAGCAGAAGGCUGCCGCUGUCGUGAAGAGUAUCGGUUAUCCUGAAGAAUUGGCAAGUUUAGAGGAAGUAAACAGGUUCUACGCUACUAUGCAAAUGAAUACAGACAACUUCUUGGAAGCUAUUAUUGAUGUAAACGGUUUCAACAAUUUGUAUUCAUGGGAGAAAUUAAUAAAACCUGUCAUGAAACAUGAUUGGCGUGACAGCGUUGACGCUUUUACAGUAAACGCUUAUUACGACCACCAGGGAAACUCCAUAGAAUUCCCAGCCGCUAUACUUCAACCGCCAUUUUUCCACGCAGAACUCCCCUGGUACGUAAAUUUUGGUAGCGUUGGCAGUGUGAUAGGACACGAGAUUACUCACGGAUUUGAUGAUCAGGGCAGUCAGUUCAAUAUUUUGGGGAAUUUGGAAUCCUGGUGGGAGAACAAGAGCUUGGAGAUGUUCAACCAUCAGAAACAGUGCAUGAUCAACCAGUACAGCGCAUUCAAUGACACGACGCAGACUAUGAUGACGGUGAACGGUGUUAUCAGCCAAGGGGAGAACAUCGCUGACAACGGAGGGCUCAAGCUGGCUUGGAAGUCUUACGAGAAGAUACUCGCCGAACUACCACAUCCUGAGCCAGAACUGCCCGGUCUUAAGAACUUCAGUCCUGCCCAGCUUUUCCUCCUGAGUAUGGCCAACAUUUGGUGCUCCAAAACUAGGACAGAGACCCUAAAGUUAAAUAUAAUCACAGGAACUCAUGCACCGGAUGAGUUCAGAGUAAAAGGGAUGAUCAUGAAUUUUAAUGAAUUCGGUAAGAUCUUUCAAUGCACUCCAGGAACGCCCAUGAACCCAAUAAAAAAGUGUCAUGUUUGGUGAAGUAAUAAUACUGUAAUUCUAAAUGCACAAACGAAUUUCGAAUAAAUAGAUAUCAUAUGAUUAUAGGAAUUUAAUAAAAAAAUGUAUUUGUGUAUUGA